AUGGACACACCUUCUAAGGAACUGAAAGGUUUGCAUGCAUUUGUCCCCGUUAGACCUCAAAGGACUCUGCGUUAUUAUUAUCUCUGGAGCUUGCAGUUCAUCGCCUCUCCGAUUUUAUUUCCCUUCAGAUUAUUAACUAUGGUGCUCUCGUUCAUAAUAGCCUUUGUAUCACUGCGCAUUCUAACCUUGAAGCUAGAUCUUACAAGGCCUAUCAACCCUUUUCGGAGGACCCUCAUACGGGCGCAGACCAUGUUCGUCACUUGGCUCUUUGUCUGGUCAACGGGUUGUAGGAUUAUAGAGAAGGAUGUGCAGAAUAAGCCGAAUAGCGAAGUAGAUCAUCUCUUAAUAUACAAUCACACCACCUCUCUCGAUGGAGCAAUCUUGGCGAUGCUAGGAUUUACUUCGCAUAUCAACAAAGCUAGUAUUCGCAACAUGCCCAUCUUUGGACUUGUAGAACUAUCAAACCAAGGGCUGUUUGUCGACCGUAACGAUCCUGAUUCGAAGAAGAAAAUUCAGAAGGCUAUUCAAGAGAGGACACUCUUAGCCUCUGGGCCUCUGGGACUCCCCCGAGAGUGGCCACUUGUUGCGGGCGCACCCGAGGGAACUACAACAAAUGGGACUGUCUUUAUAACAUUCAAACGCGGUCUCUUUGUUCCCGGGAAACCGGUUCACGCCUGCCAUAUCACAUAUGACAGAAGAAUACUAGACGUCAGCGACGCACACCAGAACAUGGUGGUGGCUAUCCUCAAAAUGAUGCUGUGCUUCAGGACUACUUGCACUGUCCGCUAUUUGCCAAGAUAUGUGCCAACAACGGAGGAGUCCAAGGACCCUGAUCUCUACGCUGAAAACGUGCGCUACUACUUCCAUGUCCAGUCUGGGCUUCCCCUCUUAAAUAUGACAGGUGCAGACAAGCAAUACUAUCGGAGACAGCUUGAUGACGUUAGUAGGUGCUCAACAAUUGUGAGGGAUCAGUACCCUGACUGCAGGUCUGGUUCUGGGCAUUACGUCGCCGGUUAA